AUGAAGGUUUCCUGGUUGGGGUGGUCCCUCCUUUCACUGGUGACCGUGCCUACAUUAGCCGCGCCCUCGGAGUCGGAGACAAAGGUUGGCAAUCGACUGGAAAAACGGCGGAAUAGCCGUGGUGUCGAUGCCGAGGAACCCUCGAUCUUUAAUGGACUCGACGUCCCACCGUUGCUCCAGUUGACGCCCGAUAACUACGAGGAGUAUCUCAAAGAUGGAACUUGGCUCGUGAAGCACUACUCACCAUCAUGCGCCCACUGCAGAAAAGCUGCGCCUGCCUAUCAGACCACAUACGAGUACUACUAUACUUCUAAUCCCCUUUCUCCAUCAUCCGCCAAAUCCCCCGACCCGAAGUCUCUCAACGGUUUCACCAGCUACUACAACUUCCAUUUCGCCUCCAUGAACUGUCUGGCCCACGGAGACUUGUGCGAGAAACUUGGUAUCGGCGCUUACCCCAUCUUUGCAUUCUACGAGGAGGGUGUUCAAAAGGACAAGCAUGUUGGCGCCAAAUCGGUCGCGGACCUGAGCAAGCUUAUCGAGGAGAGGCUCGAGGCGAUCAAACCUGGUUCUCGUCCCCCACAGGGCAUUAAAUUGCCCGAGGUUGGCGCAUCUGGCGUCGACUCAUCUGCUGAACCCGACUCCCCCGUUGCCAAGGACAAGGACCCCCAGGCUGGUGCUCUGGCUGGCGAGAAGCACAACGACCUGGUUGCUCAAAAGUCCACGGACGCGGCCGAUGCGACGGAGAGCGACAAGCCCGGUAGUGCUAUCACUGUCAAGACGAAGCACAAUGGACCUCCCCCUAACCCGCAGGGCCUUUCCGUUCCUCUUACUGCCGAGAGCUUCCAGAAGCUUGUGACUACGACUCGGGAUCCGUGGUUCAUCAAGUUCUACGCUCCCUGGUGUGGACACUGCCAAGCCAUGGCCCCUAACUGGAAGGAGAUGGCGAAGGAGAUGAAGGACACUUUGAACAUCGGUGAAGUGAACUGUGAAGUCGAGACUCGCCUCUGUGCGGACGCUCGAGUUGACGCAUACCCCACUAUCUACUUCUUCCGUGGCGGUCAGAGAGUUGAGUACACCGGUCUCCGCGGCCUGGGUGACCUACUCUCCUACACUAAGAAGGCUGUCGGUACCGGUUCUGAGAUUGAAGACGUCGAUGCGGCCACUUUCAAGGAGCUGGAAGAGACCGAGGAGGUUCUUUUCUUGUAUUUCUAUGACAUUGCGACCACCUCGGAGGACUUCCGUGCUAUGGAGCGCCUGACUCUCAGCCUCGUGGGCCACGCUCGCAUCGUUAAGACUAGCAGCGCUGCUCUCGCCGAGCGAUUCAAGAUCUCUACUUGGCCCCGUCUUCUGGUCGUCCGUGAUGGCCGACCCAACUACUACAAUGCCCUAGCUCCCAAAGAUAUGCGCGACUUCCGCCAAAUGCUCUCCUGGAUGCAGACUGUCUGGCUGCCCAUCGUCCCCGAGCUCACGGCUUCCAACGCUCGAGAGAUCAUGGAUGGCAAGUUCGUCGUGCUUGGUAUUCUCAGCCGCCGCCGCUCCGACGACUUCAAGCAAUCCAAGCGCGAAUUGAAGGAAGCUGCUUUCGAGUGGAUGGACAAGCAGAUUCAACUCUUCCGACUUGAGCGCUCGGAACUUCGUGAUGCUAAGCAGCUACGUAUCGAGGAGGCCGAUGACCGCAAUGAUCAGCGCGCGCUGCGGGCUGCGAAGAAUAUGCGCAUCACCAUCCGUGAGGACGAGAAGAAGCCCGUCGCAUUUGCCUGGGUGGAUGGCGACUUCUGGGAGCGUUGGCUGCGUACCACCUACGGUAUUGAUGUGGAACAAGGUGAUCGUGUGAUCAUCAACGACGAAGACAACCGUCGUUACUGGGAUACUGCUUCUAGCGGAGCUUCUAUCAUGGCCUCGCGUACCUCCAUCCUCGAAACCAUCCCUCUCGUCGUCGCAUCCCCGCCUAAAUUGUCCCCCAAGUCCACUAUCGGCACCUUGGAGACUUUCUUCUUCUUCACCCGCUCUUUCCUCAGCAGCCACCCUAUUCUUUUCUUCGUCUUCCUAGGUAUCACCGUGGCUGUCGUUACCGUCAUCGGGCGUGGCCGUCUCCUGCGUCGUGUCACCCGUGGAGGUAUCAUUGGCAACGCCAAUGGCAGCGGUGGCUUCUUCCACCUGGACGGCAAGGAGGGAUUCCUGAACGGAGGCUCGACCGGCAAGGUCGAUUAA